UUGAAUUGGAUAACUAAAUCUGAUUCAUUUCCGAAAUGAGAAUCCAACAUAUAGAAAAUUGGCUAAGCAUCCUUGAACUUUCGAAAGGUUUAUAACAAGUUGAGGACACAUUUGGAGGAUCUUAAAUCUGAUAAAUCCGCCUUUGUAGGCUUGAUUAUGCCACAUAUACUCAGAUAGACGGAGAUUUUAUUUGCUAAUAUUUCUCCAGCCUAAGUUCCCUUUCUCAAAUUAUAGAUGGGGUAUAUCUCAAGGCUCAACAAUACUUGUAUUUCAGCUAAGUUUUCAGUAAACUUGAUUCAAAGCAAGCUCUCAAAGCCAGUCUUCAGUAUGGAGAUGGAUCUUAGCAAGGAUAUCCCCUGAAUUUUAGUUCUGAAUUCUGGUUAAAUUAAUCUCCAGCUCUACUAACUUUGGGCUGUGGAAAAAAUAUAUAGAGCUCAUUGGGAUUUAAAAAGAAAUUUUCAGAAAGAGUAAUAAUAAUUAUUUGCAAAGACUUAAGAUGAGCACAAUCCCUGAAGAAGUGAAGUAUGGCAGAAUCCGCUUUGGAAACCCAGAGUAUAUGCCUCAUUAUCGAUGCAUCUGCUAUACGCUGCUUAAGAACUUGUGCCAGAGGGAAUUUGGCAUGGAGAACACAUUCAUGAUGGAAAAAUCAGAGUUAAAAGAAACCAUCUUCCUUACUAUCAAGAAGUUCUACAACUAUAAGAAAGCUUCAAGUGAUGGCUCUGGAAGAGUCACUAGAGCUAUCCCUGAGAUACAGAAGAAGAUCUUGAAGAAUGAUAGGUAACAUAGCUUUUUCUCAUGGUUCUAGUAAGGUUAAGUACUUGAUCAUGGAUAUACUCGUGGCAAUCAAUGUGUGAAAGAUGACAGAACUCGACUUUUUCGGUAAGAUAUUUGAUCUUACAGAAGUACUAUGCAGCAGAAAAGAUGAAUACUUUGUUGCUGAUAGUGUAUUUUAGUCUUUCUAGUCAUUUUAGUCCUGGUUGAUACUGAAAAAGUCAAUUCUCUUACACUAAAAUAGAAUCUUUCAAGUAAAACUUCUAAAAGGAUGAAUCAGCUCCAUAUCUAUGACAAAUAAUUGCUAUUUUACACUUUGUGAAAACUCUGGGCUAACAUUUCAUAUAGAAUUUGACAAAGAAAUGAUUCAAAAGCUUAACAGAGUCUUUGAGAAGAGAAAUCAUGAAAUGAUUUUUAAAGCUCUCGAUAAGCUCCUUAAUGACUUAUCUAAAGAAAUGAAGGCAUCUAAACAAGCGGCUUCUUUAGCUGCUUGCUAGACUGUUUUUAGCAGACAUUUCCUUUAGAGUAGGUCUUUUAAGGAGAAACCAUUUUGUAUUAGUUC